UUGUUCUAUCUUUAGUAUAAAAGCUGGUCUCCCAGCAGCUGCCACAACUCCAACAGCGGCUACACCUGAAACUCUAACACCUGGAACAAAGACCUCAUCACAAUGUCAGACGGGUAUAUGUGGUUUGAAGGGGUACCUUUCCCUACCAUGGGUUUCACACCUGAACUCAUGAGAGAAGCAUGGGAGAGUUUUGUGUUUAAGGAUGAAGAUGUCUUGAUACUGACUUACCCCAAAUCAGGAACAAACUGGUUGAUUGAAAUUGUCUGCCUGAUUUGCUCCAAGGGGGAUCCCAAAUGGAUCCAAUCUGUGCCCAUUUGGGAACACUCACCCUGGGUAGAGACUGAGGAUGGGUAUAAUUCACUAAAGGAUAAGGAAGGCCCCCGCCUCAUCACCUCCCACCUCCCCAUCCAGCUCAUCCCCAAGUCUCUCUUCAAUUCCAAGGCCAAGGUGAUUUAUCUCAUCAGAAAUCCCAGAGAUGUUCUCAUUUCUGGUUAUUUUUUCUGGCGUACUUCAUAUUUUGUGAAGAAAGCAGAGUCACUGAAAGAGUAUUUUGAAUGUUUCAUCAAAGGAAAUGGUGAGUGAAUGUAAAAUAUGGAAUAUGGGAGGUUGUCAGAGGCCUUUAUCAGACCCCAUCUUACACCCGACCUGAGAUCUCUACAGCUGGGCAUCCUGGGGCUA